GUGCAAUGGACUGUAAGUGCAGUUCUUAGGGCUGCAGGAAGCAUGCCCGCCGAGGGGGUGUGAUAUUUUUUUUGACGGAGCACCACCACACACGACUGUAUCUGUAGGUAAGAUCUCGAUUGAUCGAUCAUGACGGGCGGCCGGGUGAAGGUAAUCGUGCGGGUGCGGCCGACGUCAAACUUUGCCACCAACGUGUACAAAUUCCACGAGGACACAGACAGCGUGGACAUCAUUCACGCCGCAGACCCAAGCCAGGGAGCGGUCAACAACGGGCCGGAAAAUUAUCACUUCAAAGUAGGUCACUGAUUGCUCGAUGGACCACAUAGAUCCAUUUUUGUUUGCAUUCUCCGUCCCCGUCGUCGUUCUGCUUCUGCACUUACCUAUCACAAAGCCAACGGCAACGGUUUUCCCUUUCAUCGUCGUGGAGAACAAAGUGAUAGAGCCUACCACGAUAACAUACACUCCAUUUUUGAUACCGACACGCUUUUAUUUGCUCUCAGGUCGACAAACUGAUCGUGAAUGCGACCCAAGAGACCGUUUUCGGUGCGGCGUGCGAUGAGAUCGUGCGGGGGGUCAUGGAGGGCUACAACGGUACCGUGCUGGCCUACGGGCAAACCGGGGCCGGGAAGACGUUCACCAUCUCCGGAGGGCAGGGCUUCGCACAGCGCGGCGUGGUGCCAAGAGCGAUCAGUAGGACGUUCGCGGAGAUCCAGGCCAGACCAGAGAACAUCAUCUCCGUGCGACUCUCGUACUUACGAUGAAAAUACAACUGUUGCUUAGUGCAAGUAGUGGCAUCCUUUCUGUGAGGUGGUUUUCAGAAAUUGAAGGGUAAGCAUGCGAAACAAAGCGUCCGUGUUGCCGUACUUGCAGUUGCUAUUGCGCUGUCAAUGUUCUCCGGGUGAGACAACAGCAGGCUGUAUUCGUAUUCUUCUAUAUAAUAUCACAUUUUUUUACAACAACUUACCAGGUACAUCGAAAUCUACAAUGAGUUGAUGUUCGAUUUGCUUUCAAGAACGCCUGUGAAGGACCAAAAGGGCGAUAUGAUCGUGCAGGAAGACACAAAGGGGGCAAUAGUACUUUUUACUUACGUCGUGAUUUGAUUCGGCGGAUUAGAUGCCGUGCAAUGAAUUCAUCUCGACAUCGUGUCUGAUGCUUUUCCUAUCCGUGGCAUUGCAGAUUUUCGGGGACAACAUCCAAGAAGAGCCACGAGCACGACUAGUCGUAUCACUGUCAUGGAUGAAUAAACAUUGCAUUCUUCAAGGUGGAUUUUCCGUUCUCUCUACUGAAUCCAAAUCAGGUUUGCCGACAGUUGAUGGUGAAGUCCGCCCCUAGUGAGGAGGCGGCGCUAAACAUCUUUUUCGAAGGGGACGCGCAGAAAGCGUUGGCAGAACACGCCCUCAACGAAGCCUCAUCACGGUCGCACACCAUUUUGACCAUAUACGUCGACAGCAGGAGCCGAGUGGAGUAUAAUUCCUUCACUAGUGAAGAUGCUGCCCAUGCUGCUCUGAUGCGGUGUGUAUUCUAUCGUGAUAUCAGCCCUUGCAUCCAUUCAAAAUGAAGAUGAAAGAGAAUCAUGAGGUUUUGAAUAUAAAAAUAAUCAGGUCGUCGGAGAAGAUUACCAGCUCGAAAUUUCACUUAGUCGAUUUGGCGGGUAGUGAACGCCUGAAAAAGACAAAUAGUGAAGGCGGCACCCUGCGGGAGGCCGGAUUUAUCAACAAAAGUUUAACGUUCCUCGAGCAGGUAUCUAUUGAAUUGAAUGCAUGCCGUUCUUACUUCGAUCUUCACGUUGAUCAACAUCAAGUAGUGACCUGCAGCUCUAAACGAAGUCAAAGAGCAACAGCCUCAGGCCGGGCCCUGGUGUGCGCGAGGGUCCACUUCUGCGAAAUAUCUUCCACGUUGUACUUUUGGAAACAACUGAACGCGAACGCCCAUCUUUAGGUUGUCCGCGCCUUGGCAGACAAGGCCCGCGACCACGUGCCGUACCGACAGUCGAAGCUGACACACUUUUUGAAGGACAUAUCAAAUGCAAAAAUGUCUGGGUCUGGAAGAUUCUGAGACUUGUCAUGCUAUUCUGGCAUGACUCUAAACUCUGUAUUGCGUGCCCGCGAAGAGGUCCUCUUCUCUGUCAUGCAAAAACGCGGCUUCUCAUGCGGAGUACGCAACGGAGAAGCACCGAAAAACUUGUCAUGCUGGGGAGCGCAUCAUAGUGUGCUCGCUAUUCCCUUCUUGCAUCACAGGUUUCCAGACGCAGACAUUUUUGCAAUCCAUAGGACAGUCUCGGUGGCAACUGCAAGACUACCAUGAUUGCCAACAUCUACCCCGAAGCGAGAUUUAUGGAGGAGUCCGGGUCCACAUAUCAAAAAGAAAAAUCCCCCCUCCCCAUGUCAAAACGACGCUUGUGAUGCUGGAUUUGCGUACACAAAUCAGAUUUGUCUUGCUGGACAGGACUGCAGGGCCAUGUCAAGCCUGAGUAGAGAGGUUUCGGCCUGGGCGCUUAGCAUGCGAAACGUCUGCGCUGUAGGCCCAGCAGCAUCACAAACCGCCUGCAGGAUGUGGCGGAGCCUGUGGAGUUGCCUUCUUGCAAGACAGAGAUGAUUUGCGGUCGCAAAUCAGCAUUGCAAAUUUUCUGCGGCGUACCUUUUCGAUAUGGGGAGGGGGCUUUUUUCACUUUGAUACCACACUGAGAUUCGCCACCAGCAUGAUGAAGGUGGUGAACAAGCCCAACGUGAACGUGCACAUGGACCAGGGGCUGCUACUGAAAAAGUACGUACUUUCGUGCGUUUAUAUUUCUAAAUUGAUGAUGAAAAUAAAGACGAAGUAGAGGAAGAUCAUGCUAAAGCAGUAGCAGCAGCAGCAGUAGCAGUACCUACAUGAAAGCACCACACUGUCGACUGUAAGGUAUGAGCGCGACAUCAAGGAUUUGAAGCAGGAACUGGCGAUGCACGACACUUUGGCUGGUAGAGGGAGGGUACAGUACGCCGAUUAUUCUCCGGACGAGAUCCGGGCGCUUGAGGCGAAGAUAAAACAGUACACGGAGGGCGACGUGGAGCAGCUGGAGAUAGUGUCGAUCAAAAGCGUGCACGAGUCCUUCGCGAUCUUCCGGAAAAUGAUCCAAAGUACCUACUCUCGUAGUACUGACGUUGUUGUGAUCUUCUGCAUGAUCCCCUUCAGUCCGUCGUGGGGCGUUUGGAUUUGGAAGCGGGCGAUUGUGAAUUAGUCUUGGGCUGUACAUGGUGCGCUGCUGGCUGCAAUUUACACAUGCAAGUUUGUCGACAAUUUUUCCACAAAAUUAAUCAGAUCUGCAGAAGGAGCUCCGCGAGCGACCAACGCUGCAACCGCAGGCGGCGUCAGAGCGCAUAUGAGAGCGCACGAUUGUAGUUUCCUCUCGUGCAAGGGCAUGAGCAGCAACGCAAGUAGCAACGGCAGAAAUGUAGUUACGGCCGCACGACAAAUCUGCAUACGGACUGUAGUACUGAUUGAGUUUGCAUCUAAAUUUGUCGCGCCGCAGACAGUUGUUCGUAAAGGCAAGACGUGGAUGAUAAGUUGGGUACUAUUUUGCAUGACAACAAACGAGAGGGGGGCGGGGGAGUUCUUGUGCACUCUCAUAUUUCACGGCGACGAUCGACGAUGGGGGCGAGCCGCAGGGCUUGGCGCCACCGGAGGACCAGGUCGGUAUCGAUGAUGACCAGCAGCAGGGCUUUGGCAUCGGCGUAGCCACAUCAAGACCCAUGGAGGAGCCCACCGAUGCGGCGGGGGACGGUAUAGUUGCUUCGGGAUGAUAUUAUCGCGUUCUAUUAUUUCAGUGUGCAGCGUGGAGGUCAUGUCUGCAGCGUAGUGUCUAUCGAGUGUUUCAUCUACUAGACCGGAUAAAUAUCAAUCUGUUGAGGCAGGAAACGUAAAGUAUCGUAUUCGGCAGCUGGUGCAGUGCCAGUGGAAAUUGUCACUGAGCUUGGACAUGUCGAAAUGAGCGAGUAGUUGCGCCAUGUAAUUAACUGAGUGACUAAGUGAGCAUGAUCCAUGAUCCCACUAAAAACACUUUUAUUUUGCAGGCGAGGAAGGCGAGGUGCUGACGCCGCGGAGGCCACAGCGUCCCGGAUCUGCGAAGGCCUCCCGUGCACCCGAGGACAAGGCAGCAGUUUUCUUGUCUUGGAAGAGGAAAGAGGGCGGCGCUUUCGAGAGGCAGUUCCAGAAUUUGAAAUCGAGUGUGAUGCAGCGCAAACAGGAGUGCAAGCUGCUGAUCCAGAAACUGAACCAGAAAAAGCAAACCGUGGAAGCGCUGGACCAGAGAAUAACGCAAAGUACUGUGAGAUUUGUAAAUGAUAAUGAACUACUGCUUAUUUUCUUGUUGCGGGAGCUGGAGAUGUUGUCAUGUCGCUCAAGACAGAUUUCCGAUUCCAUGAGAAGAGCUGCACACUAGUGCGGUCAACAUGAUGACAGGAAAUUUUAGAACUGGCGCCAGCCAGUGACAACUUCUGAGAAAAUUAUAUUAACCGACAGCCAGUUAAAAAGAGUUUACUAGCAUUGAUCAUCUCCACGACGACAGGGGCGUCUGCCAGCGGCGCCGGCGGCGCGCAGUCCGAUCUGAUUGACGAGGAGGAAUUUGCACUCCUGUCGACGAAGCAGAAGGAGCGCACCGAGCACCGAAAAAUGCUCGAGGAGAAGCGACAACUGGACCAGGCCAUCGUCGUCGGGGAGCAGGAGAUGCAGGUGUGCAAGCGGGAGUUGGUGCAGGCCUUCGAGCAGUGGUAUGCUGCGAAGUACGAGAAGUUUUCGAACACGAACGUGACCUCGCGCUCGCCGCUGGCCGCCUCCAUGCAGAUGGCGCAAACGCGGGACUCCAAAGAGCAGUACGACAUGCUGGAAGCGCAGCGGUUUCAGGGCGACGACGAGGCCUACACAUUCUACCAAGCAAGGAAAAACGCGAAACUUCGGACGUAUGGCCUGCUCAGCUGCGAGGACAAUCUCAACUGUAAUGACAACGUAGUAGAGUCAGUCGCAAGAAUCUAUCUUGCAUCUUCUGCGGCAAUAUUGUUGAGGCGAAACUAACCUGCAGCUUGCAGUUCGUGAUUGUGCAUGACCGGUUUUGCAUCGACGUUGGUUAGCAGCAUGGUUUGAGACAUAAGUACACGACCACAAUGAUGAGGUGCCUGACCUACGUCAUAAAAGGUCGUCAUUGUAGUAGUUGAGAUUGUCUCAGCUGACUCCUCCAUAGGCGGAAAAGGUAAGAAUGGAAGGAACUGCUCACGCUCACGGAAGGUUCUUACUUUAUGAGUUCACAGUUAUAGUGCUCGCGAUCCUGCUUGCACACUUUUUGUAAAUCUGAAACUUUUAUCGAAUCAGACUCAGAAAAAUAUAGCAAUAGCACAGUGCUGGCCAUUGAUAUAGGCACAGCAGCGCUGGUAGCUUGUACACAGAGCGGUUCCAUUGUCUGGACUGCAGUAGUAUCUUGCCUUGUCAAGGACCGCUCGUUUUCCUGGAGUCGCCAACUCCGGUUGAACGUUAACGGUGUGCUUGUAUGGGCCAGGAGCAUCUUCACACAAGUAGAACAAGCUUCCUGGAAGUUGCUCCAAAGUAAUCGAGGAAAGAUCAUGAUCUUCAUCAGACACAGGUUGAUAUACAGACAAAAGGUUUAAGGUUGUGACAUCAGGUAGUGAAAUCGUUGUUGAAUCAAUCGUCAGACAGAGUAUCCGAGAAUUGAGACGAGAGUUGUGACAAAAACUCUCCGGUCGGGAUACAGGUUUUAGGUUAUUAUUUCGCUUACAGAAACAAAAUGUCUUGUACCAUAUGCAAUUGUUUUGACUUUGAACUGAAAAUGCCUUGCACAUACUAGAAAGCUAGCACAGCUAGUGUUGAGGUCCCGCGAAUGAACUUGUACUUGUACAGUGCAGCAUAUCCAGCUGCUCAACAAGAUGACCUAUUGAUUACAGCACACUGAAACUACGAAUAAUCAGAUUUUUUGUUGUGUACGCAGGUGCAAUGAGUAAAGAAAAAUACUGUGGAUCGUAGGAACUACACCC